AUGGCUUUCGCGCCUUUGCAUUAUACUGGUGAGUUCCCGACUUCUAUCAAAAACAUUUUUUAAGUGUUUUAUUGACGUAGUUUUUGUAUUAUUCCUGAUCAAAGGUAAAUGCAAGCUUAGUCUUAACCAACAACAUGGUAUUUACGACAAUGGAAAAGCUCUCCCACAAGUGUAUCGGGAAAGAGUGCUUGAUCUGUAUCAUCAAGGGUCGACGCAAAGACAAAUUUCGCAGGAUAUGCGAGUUAGCAUCGGCUAUGUAAAUAAAGUUGUUCAAUUUUACAAACAGAGUAAUUCCUCUCUACCUGCGCCACGUAAAACACCGGUUCGUAAUAUAUUUACAGCAGAUGUUGUUGAGUACGUGGAGUCCGAAAAAUUAUGUAAACCAAGUGUAUACACAACUGAAAUUCAACAGCGUUUGUUAUUUGAUGGGAUUUCUCCACCCGGUCAAUUGCCAUCCGAGUCUGGAAUAAAAAAGUGCAUUCGCGAAGACUGUAAAAUGACAAAGAAAAAAAUUUCUCCAGUACCCACAGAAUCUUUGUCACAAGCAAAUUCUGAAUACACAGAUUAUUUUCUUGACCAAGUUGCGGUGACUAUUGGAAAGUUCACUUUUUUGACGAGAGUAGUGUUAUCGUGACCGCAGGAAACCGCGUUUAUGGCAAUUCCUAUCUUGGUGAACCUGCUAUCGAAUUUUAACGCUACGCCUCCAACGCGAAUUACACGCUCAACUUACUUCAUUCAAUACAUGGAGUCGAUUACUUUGAUGUUUUGAGAGGUCCCUCUAAUAGCAUGGAGCUUUUAAAUUUUUUCAAUGAAGCCCUUUCGGUAAAUAGAGCAGAUGGAACAACAAUACUUGAGAACGGUGAUAUGGUUAUCAUGGACAAUUGUGGGUUUCAUCACGGACAUUUUGCAGAGUCCUUAUUACGAGACAUUUUACAAGAACAUGGUGUUGAUUUGCUGUUCCAACCUGCUUACUCGCCCCACUUAAAUACUUGUGAACUUUGUUUUCACCAAAUAAAGUGCUAUCUCAGACAGAAUUCAUCCUUGACCGCCAAUGAAACUGAGAUAGCAAUCGGUGAAGGUGUAUCAAAAAUAACUGCAGCAAAUUCAGUUGCAUACUUUAGAAAAUGCGGCUAUAUCUGA